AUGCUCUCGCUCCUCGCCCCGCUCGUCCACGCCGACUCGGCACCGCAGGACUGCCCUGCGGCGGCGCCGCGCGUGCCGGUCGCCGACUCGGAGGCGGUCGGCGCAGCACUCUCAACUCGCGGCUUCGUCGUGCUCACGAACCUCACAGAGGAGGGCGCGGCCGCCGACUGGGGCGCGGUGGCGCUCGGCCUGCCCGAGCGCGUCUUCCCCGGCCGGCUGCUCUCCUCGGGCUCCAACACGCUGCACGCAGUCCACGAGGAGAAUGCAAAGGUGUCGGACCAGUAUGCGUCCCAGUGCCGCGAGAGCCCGGAGGGGUGCGAGGCGUGGUCGUCGAACUUCACCACCGCGGGAGCGCCGCUGCUGCCUCAUACGGACGGCUACGUGUACGGCGACCACAUGCCGGACGUGAUCUUCCUCGUCGCCGAAGCGCCCGCCGAGCGCGGCGGCGAGAACUUCGUCGUUGACGGCGAGGCGGUGCUCGUGCGGCUCGAAGCCGACGCGGCGACCGCGCCGCUGGUGGGCGCCGCGCAGACGGCGAGGGUCGACCUCACCGAGCGGGUGAGCUCAGGGGGCAUAGCCACCGGCCGCGAGGCUUUUGGUCCCAUCUUCCGGCGGCGCUCAGACGGCGGCGUCUGGUGGCGGCGGCAGCUACAGACGCGGGCGUACGAGAGCGGGAUCGAGCAGCCCGCCGACGGCGCGCCCAGCUCGGUCCGCGCGGAGCUGCAGCCGUACCAGUCGCUGUGGAGGCCCGCGGGCGCCGUGCACGAGGCGGAGCAGACAGAGGCGAUGCUCGAGGCGGUGGACGCUGCCAUCCAGAGGGAGGCCGGCGCGGCGGAGCGCUUCUCGCUGCGGCGAGGCGAGGCGCUGCUCAUCAACAACUACCGCGUGCUGCACGGGCGCGAGGGCUACACCUCGCGCGGCCGCGACGGCCGCAAGGUGUGGCGCGUCUGGUGUUGGACCGACCGCAGCCUCGGCUUGCCUGAGGGCAUGGCCGAGGUGGGCUCACCCUUUGAUGCGGACGCGCUGCUCGACUGA